ACCUCACUUAUUUGCCUAAAUUUUUUAGGUUAUGAAUGUUAAUGGUUCAAGAUCAAGAUUCAAGCAUUUUUAUGUUUAUUUUUCAUUUGAUUUAUGUGAAGCUAUGGCAUCUUUUGAAAUAAUAGCCGGGACGUACGAAGAAUUCUUGAUAGGAUACAAAUUCAACAGCGAGGAUCAAACCCUGACGCAAAGCUUCGCUUCCCACGACCACAGCUCCAGCUUGAGGACCUUGGCCACCUGCGAUCACUACCUAGCUUCUGGAGCAGCUGACGACAGAAUAAUCAUUUAUGAUUUCAAAACGCGCAAAGAACAUUGCAUGCUCACCCACCAUACAGCAACCAUAAACUGCCUAUGUUUCACUCACAAUCAUUCCCAUCUCAUUUCCGGUAGCUCAGACGGACUUUUAGCAAUAACUAGAGUAGGAAAUUGGCAGGUGGAGAAGAAAUGGGACAAGGCACACAAGGGAAUGGCUAUACUGGAUAUUGCUGUGCACCUCUCUGGGAAACUAGCAUUGACUCUGGGUUCAGAUGGUAUUCUGCGGACUUGGAACCUUGUCAAAGGACGCCAAGCUUAUGCCAUCAAUUUGUCUAGCAAAAGCAAAGACCCCAAGAGUUUGGAGAAAAUCUUGUGGGCUGAUGAUGGUGUCAGAUUUAUUUUAUAUGGAGGCAGAUACACAGAAGUUUGGAGUAUAGAGAUAGGUGGUAUAUUGAAGUGCAUUGAGCACCCUAUCAAAGUUUGCAGCUGCAUCUGGUUCUCUGAAGACGAAAUCCUUGCUGGUUAUGAAGAUGGACAACUGGCCAUCAUAAACAUUGAUACCUCAGAAAAAAGAGUCAAACAAGGGCAUGGCAGCAGGAUUAAAGGUAUUUCCAAGAAAGAUGAGUGGCUAGUAACAGUUUGCAGUAGUGGGGAAUUGAAAGUGUGGACUGGAGACCUCAGAGAAGUCUGUAAGAGUAAUGCUGGCUGCAGGAUUACUUGCAUGGACAUAAUUUCCAACUUUGAAGUUGUCAAAGAGGAAAAAGUUGAGACAGAUACAGAAGAAAUUAUUGAAAUCAGUAGUAAGAGGAGUGGAUCAAGAGUUGUUGUAAUGACUGAAAAUGAUGGUGAAAGUGAUGACAGUGGAAAAGGAAUUCCUGUGAAGAAAAGCAAGAAGUCAAAAAAGAGCAAGAUAUCUAAGCAAAAGGCCUUUGAAGAAACAGAUGUCAGAGACAAGAAGAAAAAGCAUAAAAUCAAAAAGAUCAAGGCUGGGUAAUUAUUGAAUAGCUGUGACUUGAAGAGUUUUUGAAGCUAAAUGAUUUGUUGUAUCAUUAUGUUUUGGGUAUCAUUGAUGUUAUUUAUUUAUUCCAAUGAUGCAUCUUAUUUUAUAUAUUGUCAUACCUUUAUUGUCAAAAAGAGUGUGAUAUUAUUUUUGUUGAAGUUUUGAUACUUUCCUUAUACAUAUGUAUUUGUGUAUACACAAGAGAUUUAAAAAAAUUGGAAAGUUGAUUGUCAAGAUACCAUUUUUUUUAUCCAGAGGGUGCUCAAACUAACCCUUCAUGAGAUGAGAUAUUAUCAUAAUUUCCAUUCCUUAGAGUGACUGGAUGGGAUUAAAUUAGUGUUUUUAAAUACACCUUGAAUUGGGACAAGAGCACCAUAGUCAUCAUGCACUUUUUCAUUCAAAAUUGUUUGAAAUUGACAAUGAAUUUUUGGAAUGUAAGAAUUGAAAUAUAAUUUCAUAAACUAUUUAGAAGAAAUCAUGAAUGAAAAUUUGCUGCUGUAUAUCGAAUUGUGGUGGUUCUGGAGACAAUAGAUUUCAUUUAUUCAAUUUUCCAAAAAUAUCAACCCUUCUCUUAUUGAUGGAAUGUAUGAAACUGACUGGAUGGAAGAUUAAUUUGAAGACAAGCAAAAUUUGUGAGGUACAUCAAAAUUCACUUCCUCUAAAAGCAGAUCAGAAUGAAAAUAUAUUCUAGACCCAUUUUCAAACAGAAGGUUUUAAGAUCCCUUUGAUAAAAUCCAUUACCAGCACAUGAAAUGCAAAACAAAAUUAUCAUGAAGAAAGAGGAAUUGAUAGUGAAACUAUACAUAAUGAAGUUUGAAAUUUGAGAACAAAACUGAAGAAAUCAAAAGUAAAUUAAAUCAUAAUAUAUCAUUGAAUGGCAUUUAUCCAGUUGUCUAUUUUGUCAUAAUAAACUGUUGUUAUAUGGGAAUAACAUUCAUUCUUGCCAUUUUUAUAACUGUUUUUCUUUGUAAUGUGCUGUAUUGAAGUGGGUGUUAA